AACAGUAUAAGUUUAUACACAUCAUUUUCAUUUCAGUACCAAAGGCUAUUAUUUUGUAUUGCUCAGCCUUAGACUUUUGUGAUUACACAACACAAGGCAAAUUUGUAGUUUCAUUACCAUACAGUGCACCACUAUUUAACUAUUUGUCCAAGUAAAUCUAAAACUUAUAUUCAGCCAAAAAUUCUUUUAACCUAGGCCUAUCAAUUCUUAACAUCUGUCUGACAAAAUCUCAAUCAUGACUGGAAACAAGUGCAAGAACUGUGGGUCAUCCGAUCUAGAGGUUGAUCCAGCCAGAGGGGAUACAGUUUGUACAAACUGUGGCACAGUGCUGGAGGAUAGUGUCAUCGUUUCAGAAAUGCAAUUUGAGGAAAAUGCUCAUGGAGGCACAUCUGCUCUUGGACAGUUUGUGGCUUCUGACUCAAAAGGAGGCUGUAGAGGGUUUGGGAACAAUUUCCAUACAACACUCAACAGGGAAUCAAGGGAGAUAACCCUGCAGAAUGCCAAGCGUGGAAUAUCAAACCUUUGCCAACAAUUAAGGCUAAACCAGCAUUGCUUGGACACAGCAUUUAAUUUUUACAAAAUGGCACUCACCAGACAAAUGACUAGAGGAAGGAAAAACACACACGUGCUUGCAGCUUGUGUCUACAUCACAUGCAGAAUAGAAGGCACGCCUCAUUUAUUAAUUGACUUCAGCGAUGUUCUCCAAAUUGAUGCAUUUGAGCUGGGCCGUUGUUACCUGAAGCUUUCACAAGCUCUUUGUAUAAACAUCCCUUCAUUAGAUCCUUGCCUCUAUGUGUUACGUUAUGCCAAUAAUCUGGAGUUUGGGGAUAAGACUCAUGAAGUGACCAUGACGGCGCUGAGGCUAGUACAGAGGAUGAAGAAAGACAACAUUCACUAUGGUCGCCGACCAUCGGGCCUCUGUGGAGCAGCUUUACUAAUGGCAGCAAGAUUACAUGACUUCAACAGAACUGUUGGCGACAUUGUAAAAAUUGUUCAUAUUCAUGAAAGCACCCUGAGGAAAAGAUUGGUUGAGUUUGGAGAGACACCGUCUAGUUCGCUCACAUUGGAUGAGUUUAUGAACGUAGACCUAGAGGAGGAACAGGACCCUCCUUCGUACAAGGCAGCGAGAGCCAAAGACAGAGAGAGGGCUGAGCGGCUGCAGAAGAUGAUAGAUGAUAUGGAGACUGAGAGCUCCUCCAGCUCUCAGAUAUCACAGCUCCAACGGGAAAUAGAGAGGAAACUAGAAGAAAGGAGAGCUCUCAAACGGCCAGUUUUGAGUGAAAAGAACCUAAGUUUAACAUCGAGUACAGAUGGAGGAAGUGUAGAAGAAGUAGAUACGGACAAGUUUGUGACUCAAUCUACACUAGGCGUCAUACACGACUGUUUGACCACAGAGGAUGCUGAGAAGGAAACAACACAACCUGUGGGAUUAGGUCCAACAGCAGCAUUGAUGGGGUUAGAAUCUAACAAGGCUGACUCAGGGACGACGGAAAAGCAGUUUGGUGAUGAGUCGGGGGAGCUGGACUUGGUAGGCAUUGAUGAUGACGACAUUGACCAGUACAUCAUGUCUGAGCAUGACGCAAGCAACAAGGAUAAGAUCUGGAUGGCGAUGAACGCCGAUUACUUACGAGAGCAGAAAGAAAAGGAAGAAAGACUCGAGAAAGAAAGAGAGGAAGGUAAGCCAGAAAAAAAGAAAAGAAAAGUUACGGGAAAGAAAAACAAGAAUACUCUUGCUGCAAGUUCAGCUGGUGAAGCUAUUGAAAAAAUGCUCCAAGAAAAAAAGAUUUCUAGCAAAAUAAACUACGAUGUCUUAAAAAGUUUGAAUGUAGAGGGCAGUAUAAACCCUACACCAACUGAGCCUCAAAAGCUUCCGGAGCCUGAAAUAAUUCUUCCUCCUCCCAAAAGUGUCCUCUCAUCAAAAAGAUCUAAAGCAGUUCCCAAAGUGCAAAAGGUGAAAGCUGAAGUUAAGACUGAACCAAUAAAGAUUAAGGAACAACUCAAAGAAGAAAUAGUAGCGCCUGUUCCAGUGAUAAAGACAGACCAGUCAGCUACAGGAGAGUCUUCUGAAGCUGAUCCGGAUUUGGACAUGGAAGAAUACGAGGAAGAGGAGUUGGAGACUGUAGAACAAACGCUGUCUCUAUCUCAGAUGUUGAAUAGACAUCGGGCAGACGACAACUACUACGGCUACGAUGACGACGACUACUGAGCGAGUCAGACUCUACUUGACUUGGACAGUCAAACUGUGAGAUACAUCCGGGUCCAACUACUACACCAAACACAAACUUGCUUUCAUUAUAUUACAUACUAGAUUUUCUGUCCCAGCUCCACCUCGACCUCUGUAGUAGAUGACCCGUAAGUCUUCAGGAUAUGACUAUAGCUCAACACGAGCUGAAACCCAGAUCAUUCUCUACGGAGGAAAAGGCAGAGCUGGGACGGAAAAUCUAGUAUGUAAUAUCACAGCUCUGGUAGUUAAUGACAGUGAAUAAGUGGCUGGUAUUGCAAUAUGAGCUAGCAAAUCACCAAUCACUUAAAACAAAGUAGUCAUUGCUGUACUCACUAAGUAACACAAAGUACCCGGUGUAAAAUAUGCAUUUUUUAUUUUUUUGUUUUGUAAUAUGUUACAACACCUAUGUAUUUAUUUAUUGUGUAUUUAUUUAUGUGAUACUGUUGAUUGUAUGUAAACAAGGAUCAUAAUUUUAAUUUACUUUUUAUACAUAUUUCUCACGUAUCAUUAGUUGAUUAAGUAGUAGUAUGCAAUUUUCUCUGUAUCUACUUUAAAAAUUGUUUAGUGUUUUAAAACUGUUGGGAUUAUUAUUUUAAAUAUAAGAAAUUAAUGUACACAGUAUACAUUUUAUAAUAAUUAUGUUUAUACAAUUAUUUAUAAUAUUUUUUAUUCAUUUUACAAGGUGUACAAUGCAGUUGUUUACUUGCAAUGUUGAACAAAGCAAGCAUAUAAAUCCAAUACUUUUGAAAAAUGUAACCUAGAAUUUAUUUGAAUACUGUACAUUUAAAAGGAGGGAUGAAACUUUCAGAAGGAUCACAUUCCAUUUAUAAUUAACAUUUAAAUAAGCAGUAUUGAAAAUGUUAUCAUCAGAAAACCUUAUUUUAUGUAGUUGCUAAAUCAUAUAUUUUUUUUCAAAUCACCUGUAAAUCAAGUUGUAGUUUCUAUUUGUAAAUUUAUUUUGUUGAAUUUUUUGGUGAAUUUUUUCCAAACUUUACAUUGUCUCCACACAAAAUAUAGGCAUAAUAAAUUGGGUUUUUGUAGUUGUUUAAGUCUACACAACAAAUGUUCUUUUCCUACAGUCACCCGGCAAAGUUGGCUUCCUUGUACUGUUUAUAGUACAAAAAGCUGCUAAUUGCUGCAUAUUUAUAUAUACUUUGUCGUAAGGUUUAUACUUUGGCGCACAUCAGGAUUCCAACGAAACAACACAAAACAGCUUGGUUCUAUUAUGCACGUAAUCCGUGUACGCUUGGAAAUAGGUUGGCAACACUUAAAGAUAAUAAUACUAUGAGCAGCUGAUUAACUAUUAUAAUUACGAUUUAACCUGUCAUUUCAUGUUUAUAAUUUCGGUAUUUCUGAACUUUCUGGACUUUUCUUUUAAACGUUUUUAAAACAUUCCUACGAUCUUAAUAAACAAGAAAAUACCUUUAAAGCAUUUUUUUUUUGGCGCAGAAACCACGUCAAAUUACAAAAAACAUACGGAACUAUGUUCACAAGUCGCGGAGCACAUUUCUUGCCGAGGAAAAAUAGCGGAGUGAUACGGACCGGGUACUACAUUUGCUUUAAGGCAACUAUUUGUGUUGCCAGCUGAACCUAACAACGUGUUGUAUAGUGUUUGAAAGACAAAUUAUUUAUAUGCUUUAUAGUGACUGUAGGAAAAAUAUAAUGUGUAACACGAGUGCAAAAGGCCUUUGCUGUACUCGAGAUCAUUCCUCGUAAACAUUGCUCUCGUGUGCAGCAGAGUGCCACUUUGCCCACUAGUUACACAAAUAACUAUUGUUUUGGCAUUCUUAGCUUGGUCCACACCAAAUAAUCUAUUGGAAAACAUGUUUGACAAUCAAGCUUCUUGGCAUGGUUUGGUACAAAAAUAAUUAAAUAGCUUGCCACAAAGAUUGUUUGACAAACAAAAUAUUGAUGUUUGGAAAAACAUUAUAAUGUUUGUUCUUAUUUGCCAAAAGAACAAAAUCUCUCAUUUCAGAUUGAGCUAACCUAGUAGUAACGAAGAAGUAAAAAUUGUGGCAUGUACAAGUGUGAGUGGUGAAUGAAAUUGUGAUGUACCGUACCAUUGUCGGCUAGCUUAUUAAGCUGCAGCGUUUGUUCAGUGUGGACCACCAGUUCUAGUCGGUCAAUUGGAAUGUCCAGAAAUAUGGUACAAAACAAUGUAAAGACAUAGGCAACCACUAAAAACUAUAUAUAGGUCUAUAUUAUAGCUUCUUAAACUAACCAGUAAAUCAAGGAAGUUGUGAUUUCUUUUUGUAAAAUUAUGUGGCAGUGUUUUGGUGCUCAACCUUGUUUCAUCUUCUUCAUGCUACAUAAGCGUAAUUAAUUGGUUAUUUAUUAUUGUUAAAGUGUAUUGUACACACCAGUUGAUCUCAAAAACCCUUUGGAAUUAAUUCACCCCUCACAACAAAGACUUGUUUGGCUAUCCAUUUUGUAGUAUGUUAUGCUCAAUGUUAUUAAUCAACCCAUAAGGCCCAUGGUAGAUUUCUAAAUUUUCAAUUUCUUUUGGACAGAUACCUAAAGUCUGAUUUGUACAUUUUUAGAUCUAGAAGCUAUUUAUGUCAGCUAAUAAAAUAUAAAAUAUUUUGGGGAGGGAUGUACCCCUCUCACCCCCCCCCUGGGACCGCCACUGUCACCUACCAUUCAAAAGGUUGCCGGAUUGAUCUUGAGCAAAGUUAAUAGCUUGGAUGGUUCGAAACUGGGCCCAGCUGUCCCUGAUCAUUGGGCUUUUUAUAGAUGAUCCUGACUAAUGAAACAGCUGAUCUUAGUCUGUUACAAAGCUGCACAGGGAGCGAGCUGGCGUAGUGGUCAGAGUGGGGGACUCAGUCCCUGAGGUCCCGGGUUUGAUCCCCGCCAAGUCACCAAUGGAUUUUAUCUAAGUGAUAAUGGCCCAACCCCUAGGUCUAGCCUGAAGUAAUGUGAAAAUGAAAAACAAUCCCAGGCUCAUACCUAGCGUCCCUAGGACCAAAAAAAAGUCUGUUACAAAGCUGCACAGAUCAUCACACUCCAUUCUACGCCAUACCACAAUCAUAUUUGGGUUGGGUUUAAAAUAAGUGGCGUCCCCAUCACAAUAAUUGAUAAUUUAUUAUAUUUGCUUCACAAUCUUAUCAAAUUAAGGUAUCCAAAAGCACAGUCUUUUGAAAUAUACACUUAAAUUUUUUUAUAUAUAAAUUAAUAAUUGAUGUGAUUAAUGAUAAACGUUAAGAAUUACAAUUAUAUAUAUGUAAUGAAACCUUUGAAAAAUAAAGUUAUAUUGACAUUGAAACUGUAA